AUGAACGGCGACGGCGACGGCGACGGCGGCGACCCGCAGCUCCCUCAAGAAGUCUUAAUGGAGAUCCUGAAGCGACUGCCGAUGAAAUUGCUCCUCCGAUUAAGGUGCGUCUUGCCGAUCAUGGCGUUCCGCCAUCGACGACCCUACGUUCGGGCCCUCCACUAUCGCCACUCCGCUCUCGAUCCCUCUAACUGGUACCUCGUGUGUCUAGAUUACCGCGAUGGUUUUCAGGGUACGUGUUCUCUGGUUCCCUACGAUUCUCUUACCCUGCCUUUCCAGUUGGGAGUCAGAACCCCUUUCGAUACCCCUAUCCGUUUCGUCGGUUCGUGCAAUGGUUUGAUCGGCGUCGCCGAAUUUUCCCGAAAUCGCGAAGGGCAGUACAUGCAUCUGUGGAAUUUGUUCACCGGAAAGCACAAGGCAGUUCGACUAUAUCCCCCCCGGAAGGAGCCGCGAUUUCUUUCCAAGGAGGCCAAUAGCGAGUUUGUAGGGAUUGGCUUCGACGCUCGGUCGAAUAACUAUAAGAUUGUGAGGAUCCUCCAUUUCCAUGUCGACGGUCGUUGGAUUGACAAAGCGGUCUUCUUGAAUGGGAAUCUGUACUGGGUUGCUUUCAAGUUGGAUGAUAAGUUGGAUGAUACGGGGUCUGCGAGUGAAGAUGCAUCAUUAUUCAUGUUUGACCUCGUACGUGAGGUGUUUUAUGAAAUGGCUCUACCGGAAGAGACUUUUCAGAAUAAGAAUAAGAGUGCCUCUUUAAAAGUGUCUGUGGCAGUGUUAAAUGAGUCGCUGACUGUGUUCAUUGGUGCAGAGGUUUCAGAAGUCGUUGAGGAUUACGACCUCUAUUAUUUCAUUUGUUCUGUUUGGGUUAUGAGAGAAUCUUGGACUAAGCUGUAUACUUUUCAGAAUCCAGAAGUGGUAGAGAGAUUUUAUGGUUGGAUGUGUGAUGAGCUUCUUAUGGAAAUACCUAGACUUUGCAGUAGUCGAAUUUCUUGGAAUUGGAUCACAGGCUCAUUCAAAGUGCUUCCAUUACCAGGGACAACUGAUUUGGUCCCCGUUGUAGAGAAUCUCAUUUCACCUGAGAUAUGA